UCGACCUCUAAGGGAGAUUGCCGACAUGAUGAGAGUUCCCCAUUCAUUGUAGUCGCUGACCACCAGCCUGCCAAGACGAACUUCUUGUUUUUCGAGAGGACGGGGAUAUCCAACAUGAACUGAGACUUGUGCUACAAUGUCAUUCGAGUGAUACUCGUUACUUUCCUCAUCUUUCAAAGGACACAACUUUGACUGUGUUGUCUCAAGCGAUGCUGAUGAUAUUGAUGGUGUAGAGAACUUUGUAUCUAUGUGUUCCUCAUUGGCAGCGUCUGGGAGCAGUACCGUCGCAUGCCUUGACCUACCAUUUGAUACAUAAAAUGUACGGUCACUUCUGCAACGCUCUCGCUUCAUUCCUGCCAGCCCCUGUGAAGCGAAGAUCCAGUUUGGUUCAACGAAAGAGCAACCCACUCGAGGCUGUGGUUGGGGAUGAAGUGGAAUAGAAUGAGUGUCACCAAAUUCGUGAUCAGACUUAGAAUCAAUAUCCGAGAAAGGAACAGAAUCAGAGAAAGGAGCAAAAAAAUUGGAAUUAGUCAGAUGAUGCUCCUGAUAUAAGCGAAAACAGUCUCCUCGUGUGGCUGUUGGCGGCAAGCAUGUAAAUGAGUCACAUUCUCGCCAGUCCGGCCUCCAAAUUUUGGCCGACAGCGGCUCUGGCCCAAGAUCGUUUGGAACCGCCUCCGAUGAAUGUGAAAUUGGCACAUUGGAGACGUGUUGAUGACUGUCAGAACCGUCCAGCCCUCCUGUAAGUUCAGAUCCUGAAAUUGCUGCAAAGCUUUGCUCUUCAUAGGGAUAGUAAAAAGGGGUAGAAGUUGAGUGCGAAGUUGCGUCCACACCAGAGACUUGUUCGAAUGAGUGUGGCUGGCACUUUUCAAAUCUCGAGUCCACGGAACUGUUUAGUAAAGUAUAAACCUUUGUACAUGCGUCCGAAUUUUGGUCUUCCACUUUGACCACCACUUUUUUCUGGAAACUUCCAUUGGGUUUUUUUUUACUCCAGUGAUAAAAUCCAUCAAAACUUGCGACAAACCUUUCUGCUUGAAGCUCGCUCUCGGUGAUUUUUGCGUAUUCCGUUCCAACGCUUCAUAUCCUAGAACACAAAAAAGUUGAAAAUGAACUUCGAGGAAAUCUCAUGACACGGUGCGCAUGCACAUGCCUUUCGGCGCAGAAGCAGCUUCCGAGGACAAGAAUCAGUGGAUUCGUCGAGUCUUCCAGCUUAGCAGUGAAAAGCUAACACCAUGGUGUCAAAUGUUGGCCUUACAAGCGACAGGAAGUGAUAACGAAAGAACGAGGGAUAAAAGCAAUAAGGGGGGCUCAGAACGCUCAAUCGGGCAAAUUUUCUAUUCUGUCGUAUUAGAUCCAGGGCCCUAUGACAGAAGAUUUUGUUUGAAGCAGUCGACGCCUGGCAAAUUUGCAUGGAUCCUGUUCAUGUCUCCAUUGCGUGUGUCACCACUCUUUAGCAAACAUGAGGGUUCUGUCUUGUCUCCUCUAACAGUGUUACAAAUCACACUUAUAUCGAAACGAUCGUACUGCAUUGAUCGGAGCACAAUGGAUUUAUACUGAGGAUUUCUUUUCUUCUCAUUUUCUGCGAGCAGAGAGUUCAUGCAGCUGAGAUGUGCUUUCUUAGGCAACGCAAUUCGUCCUCGUCCAUCAUCUUUGUCAAAAUUGUACUGUUUCAUCGGAUGGCGAAGUUCUAGCACCCUCAAAAGAAUUUCUGAGUAA